GCCAGACGUCAUCGUCACAACCGACCAAGCAAACGGCAAAAAACAACGACAAACCGUGCAGCCAGACGCCCUCAGAUUUUGGUUUUCUUGGGACUACGAAACUACAAUUGCGGCGACGAUAGCGCCCAUGGAGAAUCUGAGGAGGUACGUCUCCCAGGAGGCGCAGUCGUACGUAGCUCCUCCCGCCAAAGAGGUCGCCGCGGCUCUGCAGCUGGGCGACAGGGCCCCAAGCUCGGCGAAGCUCCCCUUUCCCACUGGGAAGCCCACAAUCGUGGUGUUUCUCCGGCACUGCGGGUGUCCUUUUGCCGAAAAGACCUUUAGGAGCCUGGCAGAGCUCUCAGACAAGCACAGGAGCAUCCGCUGCAUCGCCGUGUCGCACUCGUCCGAGGACACGACGGAGCGCUGGGUCGAGGAGGUGGGCGGGGAGUGGGAGGUCAGCGUGCUGGUGGACGAGGCGCGCGACCUCUACGCGGCGUGGGGGCUGGGCCUAGGCUCCUACUGGUCCGUCUGGAACCCGCGAAUCAUCGCGAGCGCCGUCCGGCUCUCGCAGACGGACCGCAUCGCGAACCGCACCACCGAGAGCGGCUCCCGCUGGCAGACGGGCGGCGCCUUCGCCGUCGACGCCCUGGGGGUGGUGCGCUGGGCCCAGGUGGCCGGCUCGGCCGACGAGGUGCCGGACCUCAGGAUGGCCCUCGUCGCGCUGCGCGUGCCGGGGGCGGGUCGCUAAGGGUCGCUAGGAGGGAACCUAGAGCUAGGGCUGGGGUGUUUUUGUGAUUUGGGCGCCGGGACGGGCUGAGGGUUUAAUUGUUUGCCCUCUGCCCACAUGAUCAGGGGGCUGCGGAGGCCCGCGUUUGCUCUGUUUGUUAUCUCCAUCCUGCGUCUUUGACUUCCAUGAUGCGCAAGCGCUUAUUGCUUCCCGUGUAGACUGCAACAUCAAUGAAAAUUCAAAUGUUAGUGGACCCUCGU